AUGCAGAGUUACAGAGACGGAUACAUUACUAGCCAUGUCAUUCAAGCCAUUUUUGCCUUUGCCUCGUUGUAUGUUUCAUUAGGCCCUGCGGAUUUGUCUAGAUACCUUUGCUCAUGAUGACCGCUAGAUUUCUUUCCCCGUUGCCUGGUGGAGUCGUCUCGGGAGAAAUCGAUAUCGGUGAUAUAUCUCGAGCGGACUGGAGGGCGAUUGGCAACCAUUGGGCAGAGCAGGCCAGCCAACGAGCGCUCAUUCAUGCUGACAAACCCAGUAUAGAGCUUGUCCAAGCGUGUCAGGUUCUAGCCUUGUACUGGUUUGCCACAGCGCAGACCACCAGAACAAACAUGCAUACAGCGAUCGCCUAUCGAGCAUGCCGGUUAUUGCACUUGUCUCAGAAAUGUGAGAAUGGCUCUGUCACAAAUUGGUCCGGUGAUCAGGACAGGGGUAUGAGGUGCUUCUGGGCCUGUUGGCUCACCAAAUGUGCCAGUCAAGAAAAUACUAGAUUCCAGUUCGACUGUUGGGCAGAUGUGACAGGCUGUCCUUUACCUGCUGACAAUGUUGACGAAUCUCCGAGGACACCGAUGCAGUAUAUUGGCAAACAUGGCGUGAUCGAAAACCUUGAGCCUAUUCAACAGAACUCCGGUAUAGGGUUUAAUGCUGCCUUGGUUAUUAUGCAAGGGAUUUGGUGGGAGGUUCAAGACUUCGUCCAGACCGGCCACGAAACUUGCGAUAGGCCAACUGAGUGGGGUUCGAAAUAUUGCUCCCUGAGCAAGCGACUCGAAGAGCUACCGGACAAGAUAGCUGAGCUUACACAGUACGAGCGUGGCCGCGAGUCUUCAAAAGCCAACUCAGCGGAUCAAGCUCGUUCCUUCUGCCUCGGCUACUUCUACCAUCUCUGCGUUGUAUAUUUACACUCUUCAAUUGUACCCGCCCUAUCCUACAGCCGGACUCCCCUCGCCAUUUCACGGGUUAUGAUUCGACUCGCCGCCGAGCAAGCAUGGGAACAUUCCGUCUCCAUGACGACUAUGGCAGAUCAGUUCAUAGCCCGCAGAGCCACUAUCUCCAAAUUGUGGCCUGUAGUAGGUUACGGUGCCUAUGUGUGUGCCGUAAUUCAGUUACGGAGAUUCCUCGCCUUGCGGGUUCUGACUCACCAACAUCUUCAAGAAAUGAAAGUACAUCUGCUCAUCUCGGGCGAACUGAGUAAGUAUUGGAUGACAUUGCAGCCACUUCAUGAAGACUUGAAACAACAAUUCUCUCAAGCUCACGCUCUUAUAUCGUCGCGAGGCAAUUGCGCUCAAGAAAAGGAUGAACAGAGUAGUCGCCUCAUGGAUCAGCCAAAUUCUGGUCCAUCGCCAGAACUGUCUAGUUACCAUCGUGUGUAUGUCGCCAAUCGCGACGCUCGAGGAGUGGACAGGCAGCUGGAAGAGCAGAACUCUAAUACCUCUGUCCGUGUUAUGGAGGCACAUGAUACCCCUCCAGCGACAAAUGUACGCCAGGCACCAGAUUUCACAUCCUUUACUCAUAUUCCAGGUCUUACUAGCGCUGGCGAACGACAUCAGACGGUCUGGGAGUCCACGAUGCAGGGAACGUCUGGAGAUCUAGCACCACAAUCAGACUGGACAUCAAGAGAAGAUGGAUUCUGGUGGAACCAGGACCCUUCUUCGCUAAACGAUUUGUUUAGCGGUGGAUUCUUCCUUCAUGACGACAUAGGUUUUUAAAUAAACUACAUUAGUAAGGAAGGAUUGGAAAUCCACAAGAGCAUAUGUUCACCCUUUUCACUGUGAGGCGGUUGGUUAUAAUUACUCGAGUCAAUUUCUCUCCCCGAGGUGCUACAACAUCAGAUGAGUAAAACCCACUUCAUCCCUAUGUGAUCAACCAGUCAGAAUAAAUGCCAUGCAUUAAGCUUGCUCAAUAAAAUCUAAACAAAGGUUAUCUCGAUCCAACUAGGUUCUUAUACCAACUGGUCAUUAUAGCCCCG